AUGACCGACUAUAACGACCCAGCAGCAACUGUACUCGCCCUUAACGAACAGUCUGGACAGCCUAAAAAUUACUCUGCCCUAUCGAAGUCUAGCGGUAUUCCAAUCUCCACGUUACGGGAUCGUGACAAUGGUAGGAUUUCUAGAAAGGAGCGAGCUGUGGACCAGCAAUACCUCACUCCACAGGAAGAAAAGUCGUUGCUCGAAUAUGUUCUACGGCUAUCGAAAAAUGGUUACCCUCUCCCGGUCAAAUUCUUACGUGCUCUCGCGUGGGAGAUCGCUCGCCGACGCUCAUCAGCUAUGCCAGUCCCGGUCGCCGAUGAAGACACUCGCCCACCAGGAAAGAACUGGCCACAAGCCUUCUACAAACGUCACCCGGAGCUAACAUCGAGGACACUGAAAGCAAUAGACUGGAAAAGGCAUGAUCACAACAUCUAUGACAAGGUGCAGGAUUGGUUUCGUGUCAUCAAGACGGAGCUGAGCAAUCCAGCGAUCCUCGCUGAGAAUGUUUAUAACAUGGACGAGACAGGUGUCUUACUGAGUGUUUUGGGCGCUCUCAAAGUGUUAGUAGGGCGGGAGGAAAUGUGUAAAUACCGUGGCGCUGCUGUAAAAAGGAAAAUGGUUACCGCCGUUGAGUGCCUGUCAGCAGAUGGUAGGUCUCUACAUCCCCUGGUCGUUUGGCCUGCUUCUACCCACCGUAGUAAUUGGACCACUUACCCCACUCCCGGAUGGCAUUUUGCCUGCUCAAAGAACGGAUACACAGACAGCACUAUCAACUUGUACUGGAUCCAGCAUGUCUUUGACCCUCAGACCAAGGCUCGUGCUGGUAGCCGGCCGCGCCUUUUGAUCAGCGACGGGUUUGCUGCGCAUGAGUCCCUCGAUGUGUUGAAAUUUUGUCUUGCAAAUAACAUCAUUCCCUGUCGACUUCCGUCGCAUACCUCGCAUAAGCUUCAGCCGUGUGAUGUAGGAGUGUUCAGUUCACUGAAAACUGCCUAUCGGGAACAAGUAGAGCUCCUCUAUCGGGGUGGAGCUAAUGCUGUGCGGUUGGAGCAUUUUACUUCUCUCUAUAGCCGAGCACGUAAUGCCGCCAUGACGACCCGGAAAAUCAAUGCCGGUUGGUCCAAAACUGGAAUGUUUCCUUGGAACCCCGAGCGGGUACUGAAGGACAUUCAACCGCCUCCAGGAGGAAGUGAUCCCACUGAGAGAAAUAUUGUCACGCUGGCCCGUCGCUCCGAAGGUGACGAGCUGGUACAAACACCACUAACACCAAUCACGGCUGACAGCCUAACAUUACUGUGUCGUAAGGUGGACAGAGAAGCUCGUGGGUGGGACACUGAUUCUAGGCUUCUCAUCAAGCGCCUUGCCCGGGCCGCGGAGAGGGCGUUUGCGGACCGUGCACUUCUUCGCAAUGACAACGAGCGACUGUUGGCACAAAACAAUGAAAAACGAACUCGAACAUCUCAACCAGCCAGAAAAGUAGGCAAUGCUAAAGUUAUGAGCUACGAAGACAUAGUCGAGGCCCAGAGCAAACUUGAAGCAAAAAAAUCUUCUGAGACCAAGAAGCGCAAGCGCAAUUCCAGUAUUGGCUGCCGACGAACACGGUCUUGCGCUGAUGAUAUACGAAAUGCUGAAGAUGAAAUACAACGUUGGGGCCUUGGAGAGUACUGCUCGGUUAUUAGUUUUUGA